AUUUUGUGGGCUCUGUCUCCCCCUGCCGGACGGGCGGCGGUGUGCAGAGCUCCGCGGCGGCAGGGGGCGCUGUUGGCCGCGGGAGGAAGCGGCUGAGGGGGAACACGCUGCCGCUGCGGGGAGAAGGUCGAUUAUCCGAGUUAAUAAUAGAGUUAAUUUACUUUAUUUUCACAUAUUUAAAACAGCGAUUUACCGCGUGAGCAGGUGAUGAACAGGAGGAAGGGGGCGUGGCUGUGCUGACAGGUGUGAUGUAACGGUGUGGGUUCUGCUGGUACCGGCCCAGUCUGAAGACUGAAGUAUGGUUCUAAGGCAGAAGCUCCUGUGCCUGUUGAGGCUUCACCCGGGGAGACACCUGCAGUCCUUUUCAGUCUGCACUCAGGGACAUGUCUCCUGUAUCAUCUCCAGGUUCCUUAGUGGAUCCCCAACGGCUCCACCGCGCCCCAUCAGAUCAGAGAACAUCCCCUUGCAGGAGAGCCUCAGCAUCAUGGGUGUGGAUCUGGAGAUGGCUCGACAGAAGCAGCCGGCGGUCCUGCGGAACGUCCUGACGAAUGAGCACGGCCUGGCCAAGUUCCUCAGCAGCAAAGGAGCCAGCCGGGAGGUCAUCGCCAGCAUCAUCUCCAGGUUCCCCAGGGCCAUCACUCGCUCGUGCGACCACUUGGAGGAGCGGUGGAACCUGUGGUACAACGUCUUCCAGGACAACGCCGAGAUUGUUAAGAUCCUUGACCGUUCGCCCGAGUCCUUCUUCCGCUCCAACAACAACGAGAACCUGAGGAAAAACAUCCUGUUUCUUACCGGACUCGGCAUCACACACCGAGACCUUCCGAAGCUCCUGAUGAAGGCUCCCCGAGUGUUCUCCAACAGUCUGAAUCUGAACCGCGCCAUGGUAGACCUCCUGCAGAACGUGAGCAUGAGUCUUGGAGGGACAGAUCACGAAGCCUUCGCCCGAGCGAUUAUCUUCAGGAACGUUUACAUCCUCAUCCGCAGCACCAAGCGCGUCAGCGCCAACCUCGAGUUCCUGCUGACGGCGCUGAAGCUUACGAACAGCGAGGCGCUGAACCUGCUGCAGGGAAAAGGAGCUGAUAUCCUGGACCUGUCGCACGGCGGCCUGAAGAGGAACUUUGAGAACCUGCAUGAGAAGCUGAUGUCUCUGGGCUGUAGCAAGUUGGAGAUUAAGAGUCUGAUGUUGAACGGCUCUCAGCUGCUGUUCAUCUCACCCAAGACGCUGAACGAGAAGCUGGACUGCCUGGUGCAAGGCGGUAUCGACAUUAAACGUAUCCUGGAGAAGCCGAAGGUGCUGGAUUACAGCACAGCCACGCUAAAGCAGCGUCUGGACGAUCUGAACUCUCUAGAGUACGAUUUCGAAACACACGGAAUUGCUAUUCUGGACAAGAGCAAGAAGAGGUUCGAGGAGAAGCUGGAGAGACUGCAAACACUUGGACCCUAAAAGGGCAAAAACUGUGGACGUAACGUCCGUAUUGCAACCGUGGCGCUACAUGUAGUGAUUGAGGGUUGUUGCACUGUUUCACAACAGUAGUGGUUCUGAAAAGUGUGUUUCUAUCAUGGCGAAGAAUCACUUAAACAUCCAGUUUUGUGUUGUAGAACAAUUGAUAACUUGAUACAAACUGAAGGAAGAAACUGCACAGAAACUAACAGAAACCACACCUGCCUUAAAAUCACUGUUCCAAAUUAUUUAAUUUUAUAAAAUAAAGAAGUAAUAAAAGGUAUUAAAAUGUAA